GUGCGGGGGGCGAAUCGUUGAUCUUCGAAGGCACCGCAGCGCUGGUCCGAAAAUGUAACGUGCCGCCAACCCUGCUUGCCCCGAACACCCAAAUGCAGGCGUACUUACUGCUACGACGUCGUCGUGCUCCCGUCCUCCGUCUAUAAAUCGCUCAUCAAACGCCGCCGCCAACUCUUGGGCUUCCGCUUCCCCUUUGCAGCAGCGUCGAUCCGUCGCCCCAGACAGGCCAAGCGGUCCCUGCUUCGAGAUGAUGGGGCAUCGAACAUGCGGGGCGAUCUACAUCCUUCUCUCCGUGCUCUCUGCGUCGACGACAGUGCUCGCGUCAUCGAACAGCGACGGCCUGAUCCGCAUCCCACUGAAGAAAAGAUCGAUAAUGGAGAGCAUCUACGGGGACCUUCUGCCGAGGACCAGCACGGUGGAGAGCCAAGCCGCGGCAGGGAGAGAUGUCUACGAUCCGGUGCGGUCAGCCAUUGUCCAAGCUCGUGAGCGGGAACACCAGAUGCUAGUCGAGGCUGCGGCCAUGGAGCGGAGGCGCAAAUACUACUGGAGUUACAGGGGGAGCGGGGAAAACAGUAGCGGUGAACCUGUUCCGCUGAAGAACUUCUUGAACGCCCAGUACUUCGGGCAGAUUGGGGUUGGCUGCCCGCCGCAGAACUUCACCGUCGUCUUCGACACCGGGAGCGCCAACCUCUGGGUCCCUUCUGCCAAGUGCUUUUUCUCGCUUGCAUGUCUCUUCCAUCCCAAGUAUGAAUCAAGUCUGUCCAGCACUUACAAACCGAAUGGAACGCCGGCUUCUAUUCACUACGGAACAGGAGCAAUUGCUGGUUUUUACAGCGAAGAUCAGGUCACGGUUGGAAAUCUGGUAGUUCAAAAUCAGGAAUUCAUUGAAGCUACUCAUGAACCUGGUUUCACCUUUUUAUUAGCGAAAUUUGAUGGCAUCCUUGGGCUUGGGUUUCAGGAAAUUUCAGUGGAAGGUUCAGUCCCAGUAUGGUACAACAUGGUGAACCAAAGACUGGUGCAAGAACCUGUUUUCUCCUUCUGGUUAAACCGAAACCCAAUCGAAGGAGAAGGAGGUGAAAUUGUGUUUGGAGGUGCUGAUCAGCAACACUACAAAGGCAGUCAUACAUACACCAGAGUUACUCGGAAAGGUUAUUGGCAGUUUGAAAUGGGUGAUUUCCUUAUUGGUGGGAAGAGCACUGGAAUUUGUGUGGAUGGAUGUGCGGCCAUUGCAGACUCGGGAACCUCGUUGAUUGCUGGUCCUCUGGUUGCCAUUGCCCAGAUUCAUGAACAAAUUGGAGCUGCUGGAGUGGUGAACCAUGAGUGCAAACAAGUUGUUGCUGGGUAUGGGCAACAAAUGCUAGAGCUGCUGAAAGUUCAGACACAACCAGCACAAGUAUGUUCGAAGAUUGGGCUUUGCACGUUCGAUGGAAAACAUGGAAUCGGUGCUGGUAUUGAGAGUGAAGCAGGAUCUGUAGAUGGCAUGUCUGAUGCUAUAUGCAAGGCAUGUGAGAUGAUAGUCUUCUGGAUGCGAAGUGAGCUCAACCCGAACAAGACCAAGGAGGGCACUCUGGAGUAUGUCGACAGGCUCUGCGAAAACAUGCCUGAUCCUGUGGGAUCACAUGUGGAUUGCAGACACGUCGACUCCCUACAAACUGUUGCGUUCAGCAUCGGUGGAAGAGCAUUUGAGCUCCAGCCUGAGCAGUACGUUCUCAAGGUUGGCGAGGGAUUCAUGGCACACUGCAUCAGCGGGUUCACGGCUUUGGACAUUCCCCCUCCAAUAGGCCCUCUCUGGAUAUUGGGUGACGUCUUCAUGGGAGCCUACCACACCAUCUUUGACUAUGGCAAAAUGAGGGUUGGGUUCGCAGAUUCCGCAUGACGCAAGCAUUUGAUGGAGUGAAAUUUGAAAUUUGUCGUUGGUUUAUAUGUUACAGUUUGUUUUUUCAAAUCACAUAAAUUGUAGCGGCAGAAAAACUCUGCAUUGUGUAGCGUUAGAUGUGACUACACAAUGCAGAGUUUUUCAGGAGUUUUCAUAGAGUGCAUGUAGAAGAAAUGUUUAUCUUUGCAUCAAGAAAUAAAAGGAAACAGGCAACUUUCAUUUGUUCUUA